UCACAAACAAUGGCUCCGAUGAAACUCACAAGGCUCUCAGACAUCCACGUCUGCACGAUGGCUAAUCCAGCUCCUGCAUGCGACAAACCGACACACGACAGACACAGAGCAGCCGAUGAAACAGGUUCACCUUUGCGGUGUCCGUCCGUCAUUCCUCCACCCAACACAAUCCACACACCCACCUUCAUUCGUCUCGUCAGCCGGUCCGCCCUCGCCCGCAGCUGCGGGUGAAACCGCCUCGCGUCACACCUCAUCCGCCGCCAAACAUUCGCCACACCCACGUCUAUCCUCUCCUUCAGCAAAGCCUCCUCCUCUCGCUCGUGCCGGCUGUCGCCCGUCAAUCGCCGCCGCACACACGCGCUCUUCACCAGCACCUCAAGGCCUGCCAACAGGUCAGUUGACGAGAGGGGGGACCCGUGCUGCUCCCUGAGCACUGCAGCGGUUGACUUGUUGCCCUCCCGUGGGGAGGGUGGGGGUGCGUCCAGCCACCUAACAAGGCUGUCCUCCGUCCACUGGCCGAACUGCUGCAGGUGUUCCACUGUCGAUGGCUGGAAGGGCAGGUCCUCUUUGCUGCCGCGUCGACCCACCACGGCUCGAAACAUGUCCAUCAGGCCACGGCAUAUGAGGCACGUGUAGAAGAAAGACCCAUGCUGAACGGGAUCAGGGUCAAGGGCCAGCUGAGCCACUAAGAGGUCGGUAAGUGACGCGUACACAGGUGGCGGGUCACCUGACCUUUGUUGGAUGGGAGCGAUCAGCAUUAGUCGCCCCACCGCUGCCAGCAGCAUCACAUUGUUGUGUGCCGGCAGCUGCGAUAGGCAAGAUGGCUGUUCGAGGAAGGACUGGGUCAGAGGAUGGACAGCCUCCACGACGGCCUUGACAGCGGACGGCUGGUCGCCGAUAUAAUCCGACAGGCUGAGCAAGAGGUCAACAGUGAAUGGGGGUGUGAGUGAGGGUGCCCUCUCCAGCAACGUCUCGACGAGCGGUGAAACGGUCUCGUUGUCCUUGAGAUCAUGCCGGAUGAACGCCUUUAGAAUAAUGACCUGAACACAAGAACAAGAUGGAUGGCAGCACAGCGCCUCUUUGCAGUGGGGCGUCGGUGCCGCAUUGCGUGUGUGAGUGACCACCAGGCUGUCUGGGCUGAAGUGCGUCAGCUCGCGACGGACUCGGGGAGCAAAGAGAUCCAACAUCUGAACACAACAACAACACCGUUCACGGCCAGCAAUCACUUGUCACAGAUAAGAUCUCACUCCCUGUUUACCUUAGUCCCAUCUUCUCGUCUGCUGAAGAUCCUCAGCAGCGAAGCCACGUCCCGCAGCUCCAUGCUCUCGUGGUGCCGCUUGACGUCAUUGCGGAUGCCGCGCCACACAGCAUCGUCAUACACGCCGCGCUUAUACGCCACAAUCGCCUUCCUCACAGCGAUCUUGCUGGGCGAUGAAUGACGCUUCCCAGACUGCUCCCUCCGCGUGUUGCUGCAGAUAUCAGAGAGGCGGCGGCGAGUGGGUGACGCAAAUGUCAUGCUACGAGAGAUCGGUUGCGGGAUCUUGUAGACGAGUGAAGUCCCGGUCCUCAUCAUGUGAUUCACAUCGACUGCUGUGAAAAGAGGAGAAAGCAUGAUGGACAACGCGAUGAGCUACGCAGUGUAUGCGCUUUCACUUCCUCACGUACAGUUGGGUUCAUUCAGCAUGCUGCAUCGCUGCUUGCGCCGCUGCAGCUCUGCUUCCGUG